AUGAGUACGGGCAUCGGUGGUAAGAAACAAUGUGUUACAUGUAAUAAAAGCGGUGGCAUCUUGACUUGUGAUGGAUGUGGAAAGACAUUCUGUGGCAAACAUGUUAUUGAACACCGACAAGAACUUGCUGCGAAAUUGGAUAACAUUAUGCAAGAACACGAUUUACUUCAACAAGAAAUCGAACAACCAUCGGCAAGGAAAAAUUCUCUAUUACAAAAGAUUGACCGUUGGGAAAAGGAUUCAAUAUUAAAGAUACAAAUCGCUGCGGAAAGUGCACGUCGAAGUUUAUUAGAUUUACUCGAACAAGCCAAGGCUCCGUUGUCGAAGAUUUACGAUGACAUUACCGAUGAUCUUCAUUCUGCUCGUGAAGCAGAUGAUUUCUCAGAACACGAUCUCGAUCGCUGGAAGAAGCAGCUAAAAGAUUUGGAAUUGCAAGUGACCUUUCCACCUGCAGCAAAACUCGUUCCCGAUAAGAACAACCCAAUUUAUCUCAUGCAGUUGCAUAUCGAUGAUUCUCUUAACAAUAAUUCGCCCAGUCGCAAAGAUGGAUCAGCCAAUCAGUCGAAUUCAACUUUACAAGAACGAUUUUUACAAAGUUUAGGACCUGUCAGAUUCGAAGAAGGUGGUUUCAUCGCUCGACACACCAGUCCUGUAUCUGACUAUGCAUACGUCCGUGGUCGAUUACUCUACUUGAGAGGCUCGCAUACAAUUCGUUUUCGCUUGGAAAAGUGCAAACAACCUUAUUAUAUCUUCUUCGGUUGUAUGUCGUCGAAAGUCAAUUUGCAAGAAGAUGCUUUUCGUUUACCGAGCUCAGUGGGAUGGUUCGGAUCGAAUCAAGCUUAUGAACAAGGACGGUGUAGUCGAGGUUGUAAAAAAUCAGAGUUCAAUAGCAAUAAGAUCCAGCCUAAUGAUGUACUACAAAUUACACUCGAUUGUAGUCAAAUGGAAAUACGCUUAUAUCAUGAACGCAUGAAAACCACAUGCGUUCUUGGAGUCGAUCCGAAGUUGACGCCAUUCCCUUGGCAAUUGUUGAUGGUUCUAUGUAAUCCGGGUGAUACUAUCAGAAUUCUUCCUAAUACAUAA